AGAUCGUCAGUUGUCGACGUACAGUGAGUAAGCAAACACAAGUUAAAAACGAAAUAAUCUGUGGAUCGUUAAAAAAAAUAAAGAAAUAUAACUUAAAAAAUAUUAAUAAGAAAAAAAAUCGAGUUUUUGUGGAUUUACUUAUACUUAUUAUUUCAGUUUUAAUAAAUAAUUUUUAACUUGAAAUGUAAAUUUAAAAAAAGCUGUGAUUACGUAGUCAAAAGUAAAUAACAUUUUUUUAAAAUAAUACUAGUACAGAAAUUAUAUUAAAAUAAAACAAGGUUUUAAAAUAAAAAACAAGCAGUUUGAAUUCAUAUUAAAGGAACAGAGAGAAGAAGAAACAGAAAACUGAGUUAAAAUGUCAGUGGAACAAAAAUUAACUGAUAAAAAUGUUGAAACUACAAAAACAAAUACAAAUUCGAGUUUAACAAAAACUAAUAAAAAGAAUAAAAACAACAAUAACAACAGCAAUAGUAGUACAAGUAGUAGCAGUAGUAAAAAAUUCAUUAAAAAAGCAUUGAAAACCUCAAAAUCUAAAAAAACUACAACUAAUGUCAACAAUAAUAACAACAGCAACAACGCUAAUAUGAAUAACCAAAACAACAGCAACAACAACACUAUUAGCAGUAACAGCAGCAGCAGCAACAACAGCAACAAUGUUGAAGUGGCAAACGAUGAAAUCAUCGAGGAGUUGUUUGAUUUUAGCGAUACCGAUUUAAAAGAACUCGACGACGAUAUUGAAAACAACGAAGAACAUUCCAAAAACAACAACUCCGAUGACGAACUUUCAAAUAAAGAUAUUGAUGAAUUAAAGGAAAACGAUGAAGUUGACAAAGAGUUAACUGAGCAAAUGCAAAAUUCCAUAAAAAGUGAUAAUAACAAUAAUACUAAUAACAAUGAAGAGAAAAACAAAGUAACACUAGAACAAAAAGAACAACAACAACAGGUGGAAGAAUUAUUAUCAACGCCAAUUGAUAACAUUGAUAAACAAAACGAAGAAAACAAACAAACAGAACAAAACCAAGAUGAAGACAAUGAAUUAGCCACGACAAUGUCUGCGAUUGCAAAAAAUGUUAUUAGCGAAAAAGGAAAUAAAGAUAAUAAUGAAAUUGAUAAAAACCAACAACAACAGCAAGAGACGAACUCUCCCAUAGAAGAAGCUAUAGAAGCAAAAGAAUCCAAUGAAAAUAUAUUUUUAAAUGACAGCACAACAAUAACUACUCCCGUGCAAAUCUGUGAAAGUUCUAUUGUUGAAGACCAGACAUCAUUACAUCAUUACAUACAUAAUGACAAUACGAUAACAACAUCUCCUACUCCAGACAUAAAGUCUAAGCAAACAACUGAAGAUGCAGUCGAGUCAACGGCAAGUGUUGUAACUAAAGAAAGUAGUUAUAAAGAGCAUGAUGAUGAUCAUGAAGAAGAUUAUGACAAUGAUGAUGAAUAUGCCGAACCGUAUGAUGAACUAUUGGUACAAUUCCUUGAUGAAGCCAAUCAGAUUGCUGAGGCUAGAUUAGCUGCCAGAAGGCAUGCUCGAGCGGAAGCUCGUGAAAUACGUAUGCGAGAAUUGGAAAGGCAACAAAAGGAACAAGAAUCUAAUGCAGAUCGUGCAUUCGAUAUGCACUCAACCGUUACCGGCAUUGCACCACUGUCACACAUGCGUCUAGGUUUAGGUAGUUCACCAGUUGCUGGUCUACUAAAUUCAACAAGAGGAAAUUCAAUGUCUUCAAGACGCAGUAGUGAAGAUUCACUAGAAGAGGAAGGCCGCAGUUUAAGAGACAUACGUCAUGAGUUAAAGGAUGUCGAAGAACGAUUUCGUAAGGCUAUGAUAGCAAAUGCUCAGUUGGAUAACGAUCGUGCCUCACAAACGUAUCAGAUACAGUUGUUGAAAGACAAACUGGAAGAUAUGGAAGAAUCAUAUUCACAAUUACAGCGUGAAUGUAAGGAAAAGACACGCGAUUGUAAUGCCUUGAAACGAUCGUUGGAUAAACUAAGCGAAGAGCUUAAACUGGUACAGGGUCAGCUCAAUGAGCGUGAUACACUGAUAGCAGAACAAGGCUUAGUUAUUGUGGCUAUAGAAAAUGAAGAUGGCACUGAUGCCAAACGUGCUCUAGUCAGUGUGGAAAAUGCACAAUUAUUGGGUUCGGUACAAGGAUCUUUAGAUGUUCGACUUAAGAAAUUUAGCGAAGAAAAACAGCAGCUACAACAUGAAGUCCAACAGCUGCAGGAACAAUUAGAAACGUAUAAAAGUCAGGGCAAAGGUCGUGGUAAAGGCAAUUCUUCAAAUGGUCCCUUAGGUUCAGACGAUGAUGAUUAUGAAGCUCAAAGAGAAGCUAAUAAAAUCAUAUCGGAUUAUAAAUAUAAAUUACAAAAAGCUGAACAGGAAAUUGCUAGUCUUCAGUCGAGUUUAGCACGUUCUGAGACACAAGUUAUACGUUAUAAAAGUACAGCUGAGGCGGCUGAAAAAGCUGAGGCAGAACUUAAAAUCGAAAGAAGGAAACUGCAAAGAGAGAAUCGUGAGGCCAUGGAAAAACUCGAAGAAUUAGAAACAUCAAAUAAUCAUCUACUCAAACGUUUGGACAAAUUAAAGAAUGCCAAAAGUGCUUUGCUCAAGGAUCUCUGACCAAUAUAUGGAGGAUAUCAGCAACAACAACAACAACAGCAGCAGCAUCAGCGUAUGUCUCAAAAUAACACUACAACAACAAAAGCAACAGUAGUAGCAACAAAAGCAACAACUAAUAACGUUGAUAGUGAGAAUACAAUGGCAACAAAUAAACAAUAUUCUACAUCACCAAUUCAUCAGCAAAAUCAUAACAAACAGCAACAACAAACGCCAUAUAAUUACAAAACGAAUGUGACGCGUACUAAUGACAAUGCCGCCACCGAUGUUAGUAAUAAUACCGUCGCCGUGGCCCCCUCAUCCUCCUCCGUAGCCACACAAAAAACGAUGACAACAAACUCGUAUACAAAUAGUAGAAGUAAUAGUAGUAGUAAUGGGCAUUGAGUUGAGAAAAAAAUAACGAAACAAUUUGAAACAAUUGGGCAUCAAAGUAGAUCAAUCAAGCAAAAAGACGUUUGAAAUUUAGUAAGAAAAAAAAAGAGAAAAACAAAUUAUGGUGUUUUACAACAAUUUAAUAAAUGUUGUAAUUAAGAAACACAAGCUUUUACAAAUAUUAUUAAUGAAAAAUGUCAAACAAACAUCUUCCAAAAUCAUU